UCAUUCACUCAGCAAUACGGACAUAGCCUACUACACAUUAUUUAUAAUCCGACAGCAUUAGUCACUGGUACCGCUAUCGUUAAAUUCACCCAGAGCGACCGACAGCAUUCAUAUGCCAGUGUUAUAGAGCAUAAGUUGAAUCUCUUAAUUGUUUGAAAUACAAUUUAGUUCCGAAGUAGAUAAACAUGGAGAACGGCCUUGAAAGCACAGGAGACAGUCGCCUGGACCAGGCUGUCACGCAGUGGUUACAGUAUGACAAGAAUCCAAAGACGGCUGCUGCCGUGCGGUCUAUGGUUAAAGAUAAAGCCAUGUCAGAACUGCAGAGGUGUUUCGGAGCCCGAAUGGAGUUUGGCACAGCGGGACUGAGAGCCGCCAUGGGACCUGGAGUGUCCUGCAUGAAUGACCUCACCAUCAUACAGACCACUCAGGGUUUCUGUGCUUACCUGGAGCAGUGUUUUACAGAUCUGAAGCAGAGGGGGGUGGUGAUUGGGUUCGAUGCUCGCGCUCACCCCCCUAGUGGCGGCAGCAGUAAAAGAUUCGCCUGCCUUGCUGCUUGUGUCUUCAUCAGUCGAGGGGUCCCAGUCUACCUCUUCAGUGACAUCACACCCACUCCAUACGUGCCUUUUACUGUGUCACAUCUAAAACUGUGUGCUGGUGUCAUGGUAACAGCCUCCCACAAUCCCAAACAAGAUAAUGGAUACAAGGUGUACUGGGCAAAUGGAGCUCAGAUCAUUCCACCCCAUGAUAAGGGCAUUGCUGCAGCUAUAGAACAAAACCUUGAGCCGUGGCCUGAAUCAUGGGACACAGAUGAAGCUCUUCAGAGUUCCCUUCUCAAUGACCCAUACCAGGACAUACACAGAGAAUACUGCCAAACCAUACAGCAGCACUGCUAUCACAGGGAGCUGAAUAAGAAUACAGAAGUGAAGAUUGUCCAUACAUCAGUUCAUGGAGUGGGCCAUUUUUUUGUCCAGGCUGCUUUUAAGGCUUUUGACCUUCAACCUCCAUAUGCUGUGGAAGAGCAGAAAGAUCCUGACCCGGAGUUCCCCACUGUCAAAUACCCCAACCCUGAGGAGGGAGAGGGAGUCCUGACGCUGUCCUUCGCACUUGCAGAUAAAGAGGGAGCAACUGUUAUUCUGGCAAAUGACCCUGAUGCUGACCGACUAGCUAUUGCAGAGAAACAGAAGAGUGGGCAGUGGAGGGUAUUCUCUGGUAAUGAGUUGGGUGCUUUGCUCGGCUGGUGGAUUUUCCAAUGCUGGAAGCAGCAGAAAGGAGAGGGAAAAGCCUCCAUUAAGGAUGUAUACAUGCUAUCCAGCACUGUCUCCUCAAAAAUCCUCCGUGCCAUUGCUGUGAAAGAGGGCUUCCACUUUGAGGAGACUCUAACAGGCUUUAAAUGGAUGGGAAACCGAGCCAGAGAUCUCAUGGACCAGGGAAAAACUGUUCUGUUUGCCUUUGAAGAAGCUAUUGGUUACAUGUGUUAUACUGCAGUUUUGGACAAAGAUGGUGUGAGUGCGGCUGCCAUUGCUGGCGAGUUUGUCUCUUACCUGGCUUCUAAGAAUAUAACUCUGUCCCGUCAACUCAGAUCCAUUUAUGAGGAGUAUGGUUACCACAUUACCAGUAAUUCCUACUUUAUCUGCCACAACCAAGACACCAUAAAGCGGUUGUUUGAGCGUCUUCGGAACUAUGACGGGGAGAAUUCGUACCCUCAAGAGUGCGGGGGCUUUGCCAUCACAGCAGUGAGAGACCUUACGACCGGCUAUGACAGCCACCAGCCCGACAACAAGGCUGUUCUGCCCACCAGUAAAAGCAGUCAGAUGAUUACCUUCACUUUUGCUAACGGGGGCGUGGCUACAAUGAGGACCAGCGGCACAGAGCCUAAAAUCAAAUAUUACACUGAACUCUGUGCUGCACCAGGAAACAGUGAUCUUAACCAGUUGAAAACUGAAUUGGAUAACUUGGUUGAUGCCAUUGUAGAACACUUCUACCAACCUGAGAAAAACAGCCUGACUCCUCGACCACAGUGAGAGACACAAUCACACAGGAUUACAAAGAUAUUCAUAUCAUACCUAAUUCUGCUGUUAGUCUUAACCUACCACAUAUAACCACUAUUAUUAAAGCUUACAUAUUCUGAGUCUUAAUCUAAGGAAGUUUUCUCAUUAUGUAGAUCAAAGCGGGUACCACAUGAACAUAACAAUAACCUUUUUCAUUUACAUUUUUCACAACUCUCAGUUUUCUAAUCUACAAUGUUAUGGGAUAAAAUUAUAUAUGAAAUUAUUUUUGAUUUGCCUUUUUUGCCCUACUGUAUUGAACUAUGAAUGCACUAAUACAACUAAAGUGUGCUUGAAUUAAUAUAAAGAUUAUUUAUGUCAUCAGCAGAUAUAUUAGUUGAGUUGAUUGACAGAAAUGAUUCCA